AUGGCAAGCUUACUUCGCCUUCUCCGGACACAAUACACUGUCCCAGUCGACCCAACAGUCUCCUUUGCCGGCAAGACCGUCGUCUUAACUGGAGCCACGUCUGGCCUGGGAUUCGAAGCCGCCAUCAAACUUCUGAAUUUAGGCGUGGAAUCCCUUAUUAUCGGCAGUCGCAGCCUCGAACGAGGAGAUGUAGUCAAAACCGAGCUGGAAAAGCGCACCACCAGACAGGGAGUGAUCCAAGUCUGGGAGCUGGACAUGAACAGUUUCCAAAGUGUCAAAACCUUUGCGAGCCGCAUUGAAAAGGAAGUCAAGCAGUUGGACAUCGCACUCCUCAAUGCAGGUCUAUGGAAUCGAGGGUAUACCGCAUCUCCGGAGGGAUGGGAAGAAACGUUGCAGGUUAACGCGUUAUCCACUUCUCUACUGGCGCUUCUGCUCCUUCCGAAGCUGAGAGACAGCUCAUCUGACUCGACCCCGGCGCACCUUGCUGUCGUUUCCAGCCAACAGUUUGUUCGAGUCAAGGCUACAAGCCUUCGGACGGAAGGGCCGCUAUUGGAGCAUUUGAAUGAUCCACGGCACUUUAGCGGCCCAAAGCAGUACGGCAUCUCUAAGCUGCUGUUGGAGUACGCUCUGAAGACGGUGGCUGAUCGAGUACGGAAUGAGAAUGGAACUCUCCCUGUUAUUGUAAAUACGAUAAGCCCGGGACUCUGUGUGUCAUCGCUUGGACGGCAGUAUGAUCGGUUCUAUGAGCGAUGGUUUGUUUGGCUGUUCUAUAAGCUCUUUGCUCGCACGGCAGAGCAAGGAAGUCGGUCGCUCGUUAGUGCCACAUACCAGGGAGCAGAAUCGCACGGGAAAUGCUGGAGGAGUGACGGGUAUCUAGACGAAUCUACCGCGCUGACAACGGGAACGGAAGGAAAGGAAUUCCAGGUCAAGGCAUGGAAGGAGAUCAUGGAGAUUCUGCAAGAGCAAUCUCCAGAAAUCAAGGAGUUGGUUGGGGAGUGA